GGCUCCAGAGGCUUCCAGGGCCUGCUGAAGGGGUGACCUCAACCCUGGCGCAAGGUGCAAAGGCCAUGCUUUGAAAAGGGGCAGUAACCUUGGUACCUCUUUCUAGAGAAGAGCGGGCUGUAGAGGUGACUUCCAGCAGUCAAGGCCAGGGCUCAGACCAGCUCUCUCUUUAGUCCUUUCAGACAUCAUCAGACACUUCAGUCCUUCUAUUCUGAUGUCCACAUGCCCUCCCGGGAAGAGCCCUGCUCCCCAUGAUGGUGUUGAAGACUUAUGGAUUCAGGCUAAAGAACUGGUGAGGAGCUUGAAGGAGAACUCGCAACUUGAUUUUCAACAUGACUGGAAACUCAUCAACGUGUUCUUCAGUAACACAAGCCUGUGUUAUCUGUGUCCCUCUGCUCAUGAGGGAACAGGCAGCUUGCAGGCAGCUUGGGAGUCCAUCUUCUAUUUAUUUAUAUUUCGUACUGAAAAGAAUGGACCCUUGAUGAGGGACAUGGACAAGCUGGCUGAGGUGCUGCACUACCUGUACCAGGAGGUCCCCAGAGCAUUUGUGAACCUGGUGGAUCUCUCUGAGGUUGUGGCCAUGCCUCGCUGGCAUCAGGAGACUCAGCUCAGGCCCAGACCACAGUCCUGCGGUUGCUCAGGGGAGAACUCGAAGCUGGCCACGGUUGUAAUGCAGUGGUCCUAUCAGGAAGCCUGGGACCACCUCCUGGCUGCCAGCAGCUUCAAUGAGAAGGAGUCUUUUGCAGUGGUUUUCCAGCCUUUCUUCUAUGAGGUGUCACCUCCUGUGGAAGGGUCCCCAUCCCAGGACCCCACCACACUUGCCCUGAGCCUCUGGAACAACAUGAUGAAGCCAGUGGGACAGAAAGAUGAGCCUUUCAGUGCAAUAGAGAGAAGGCCAAUGAAGUGUCCAUCUCAGGAGAGCCCCUAUCUGUUCACCUACAGGAACAGCAACUAUCAGUCCAGACUGCUAAAACCCCAGAGGCAGCCCCAGAUGAGAGAAGGCACAGAAAUCAGAUGUCCUGACAAGGACCCUUCCGACUCCAUUCCCACCUCAGUUCACAGGCUGAAGCCCGCUGACAUCAAGGUCAUUGGUGCCAUGGGCGACUCUCUCACAGCAGGCAAUGGCGCUGGGUCCAAGCCUGGGCACAUUCUGGACGUCAUAACUCAGUACCGAGGCCUCUCCUGGAGUGUCGGCGGUGAUCACAACAUCAGCUCGGUGACCACUCUGGCGAACAUCCUCCGGGAAUUCAACCCUUCCCUGAAGGGCUUCUCCACUGGCACUGGUAGAGAACACAGUGCAGGAGCCUUCUUUAACCAGGCCGUGGCAGGAGCCCGUGCUGAGGGUUUGACUGCCCAGGCCAGGAGGCUGGUGGAUCUGAUGAAGAAUGACACGAGGAUAAAUUUUCAGGAAGACUGGAAGAUAAUCACUGUAUUCAUAGGAGGCAAUGACCUCUGCGACUUCUGCAAUGACCCGGUCAACUCUUCCCCCCAGAACUUCACGGAUAACAUUAGGAAGGCUCUGGACAUCCUCCAUGCUGAGGUUCCUCGGGCAUUUGUGAACAUGGUGAAGGUGCUGCAGAUAGUUAACCUGAGGGAGCUGUACAAGGAGAAUAAAGUCAGCUGCCCACGGCUGAUCCUCAGAUCCCUGUGUCCUUGUGUCCUGAAGUUUGCUGACAACUCAACAGAACUUGACUCCCUCAUUGACAUAAACAAGAAGUAUCAGGAGGGGACCGAACAGCUGGUUGAGAGUGGACGAUACGACACAAGGGAAGACUUUACAGUGGUUGUGCAGCCAUUCCUUGAAAAAGUGGACAUGCCAAAGACCUCGGAGGGCUUGCCUGACAAUUCUUUCUUCGCCCCUGACUGUUUCCACUUCAACAGCAAGACGCACGCCAGAUCAGCUAGCGCCCUCUGGAAAAACAUGCUGGAACCUGUUGGCCAGAAGACAAGACAGCACAUUUUUGAAAACAAAAUUGAUAUCAUGUGUCCAAACCAGGUCUGGCCAUUCCUGAGUACCUACAAGAACAGCAUGGAGCGCCAUGGAAGCUGGCUAUCUUGUGGAGAGAGGACUCCUUCUGCCUGGCCUCCUACUUCAGUGCAUGCCCUGAGACCCGCAGACGUCCGUGUUGUGGCUGCUCUGGGGGAUUCUCUGACUGCUGGCAAUGGAAUUGGCUCCAAACCAGGCGACCUCCCUGAUGUUGCCACACAGUACCGGGGACUGUCAUAUAGUUCAGGUGGGGACGGCUCCCUGGAGAACGUGACCACCUUACCUAAUAUCCUCCAGGAGUUUAACAGAAACCUCACUGGUUACGCAGUGGGCACGGGUGAUGCCAGCGACACAAGUGCAUUCCUCAACCAGGCUGUUCCUGGAGCCAAGGCUGAGGAACUUAUGAACCAAGUCCAGACUCUGGUACAGAAGAUGAAAAGUGACCAUAGAAUAAACUUCACUGAAGAUUGGAAGGUCAUCACGGUGCUGAUCGGAACCAGUGAUCUGUGUGACCACUGCACAGAUUCGAACCUGUACUCUGCAGCCAACUUUUUAAACCAUCUCCGCAAUGCCUUGGACAUUCUACAUAGAGAGGUUCCCAGAGCCUUGGUCAACCUCGUGGACUUCAUGAAUCCCAGUGUCAUGCGGCAGGUGUUCUUGGGAAACCCAGACAAAUGCCCGGUGCAGCAGGCCAGCGCCUUGUGCAACUGCGUCCUGACCCCGAGGGAGAACUCCCACGAGCUGGCCAAGCUGGACGCCCUUGCCCGAGCCUACCAGAGCAGCAUGCGUGAGCUGGUGGAGUCAGGCCGUUAUGACACCCGAGAGGACUUCUCUGUGCUCCUGCAGCCCUUCUUCCUCAACAUCCGGCUCCCCUUCCUGGAGGAUGGGCGUCCAGACACCUCCUUCUUUGCCCCAGACUGCAUCCACCCAAACCAGAAAUUCCACACUCAGCUCGCUAGAGCCCUUUGGGUCAAUAUGCUUGAACCAUUGGGAAGGAAAACCGAUACCCUGGACCUAGCAGCAGACAUCCCCCUGCCCUGCCCCACCCAGGAGGAACCCUUCCUGAGAACCCCCAAGAAUAGUAACUACACGUACCCCACGAAGCCAGUCAUUGAGAACUGGGGCAGUGAUUUCCUGUGUACAGAGUGGAAUCCUUCCAGUAGCAUCCCUACCUCAGUCCACAAGCUCCAACCAGCAGACAUCAAAGUAGUUGCAGCACUGGGGGACUCCCUGACUACAGCAGUGGGAGCUAGAGGAAGCAAUUCCAGCGACCGGCUCACCUCCUGGAGAGGGCUCUCCUGGAGCAUUGGAGGAGAUGGCACCUUGGAGACCCACACCACACUGCCCAACAUUCUAAAGAAGUUCAACCCUUCCAUCAUUGGAUUCUCCACUGGUACCCUGGAAGAAACAGCGGGAUUCAACGUAGCAGUGCCAGGGGCCAGAGCUCGGGACAUGCCGGCCCAGGCCCGAGACCUGGUACAGCGAAUGAAAACCAGCACUGACAUCAACCUGGAGAUGGACUGGAAGCUGGUCACCCUCUUCAUUGGCAGCAGUGACUUAUGUCAUUACUGCGAAGAUCCGGAGGACCACUCAGCCGAGGAGUAUGUCCAGCAGAUCCAACAGGCCCUGGACAUCCUCUAUGAAGAGCUCCCGAGGACUCUUGUCAAUGUGGUGGGGGUCAUGGAGCUGGCUGGCCUGCACCAGGGCCCCGACAGCUGGCAAUGCACUGUGCAGCUGGCAGCUCAGAACAACUGCAGUUGCCUCAGACACUUUGCAAACUCCCCAGUGAUCCAAGAACUGAAGAAAGUGAACUGGAACUUCCAGAGUGGCAUCUCCACAUUCUCCUACCAACACAAGUACCUGCAGCACGAGGACUUUGCAGUUGUGGUGCAGCCUUUCUUCCAGAACACUCUCAUCCCGCUCAAUGAGCUCGGGAGCACUGACCUCACCUUCUUCUCUGAAGACUGUCUUCACUUCUCAGAACGGGGUCAUGCAGAGAUGGCCAUUGCGCUCUGGAACAACAUGCUGGAACCAGUGGGCCAUAAGACAACCUUCAACAACUUUACCUACAGCCGAGCCAAACUCAAGUGUCCCUCGCCUGGGAGUCCUUAUCUCUACACCCUUCGGAAUAGUUGGGUAUUCCCAGACCAGACUGCAGAAGCCUCUGCUACAUUCCAUGGGGCUGUGCCAGUGGCAGCAAUAGGUGGCUUUCUACUCGGCAUCCUCAUCAUGAGCAUUUGGAGACACCGUAGAUGUCACCAGAAGAAAGCUCCCCCAGCAAACCUGCAUGUUGUUGGCUUCUAGGCCUCAGGAGGAGAUCCUCACCCUCCUUACCCAGCUACACCCCUCACCAGCCCCCUACAGCAGCAGCUCUGGCCACCAGCUUCAACCCUCCAUGACAAGGGAAGCCAUAGGGGCCAUCAUGACUGCUGGGCCCAUGGGCUUCUUUCAGGCCCUGUUCUUGGCACUGCAAAUUUAAUAAAGACCAAAGCCAUUAUGCUUUCAGCUUA